UAAAUUUAAUUACGAUAAAAGUAUACACAAAUUUUGUAAAAAUGGAUCAAAAAUCUGCGAAUUUUGUCAAAAUAAAACGAUAUUUCAACCAAUUAAUUAUCUGGUCAAUAUAGCAUGGGCAAUAUGAAUUACGUGAUAGUACUCGCUUGUUUAUCAUUAAUGAUAUGUUUAGUUCAAAGCUCUCAAAAUGUUGAAAUGGAAGAGAUUCGAGCAAAAGCAUUUUUAGAGAAACUAAAUAAUGAAAUCAGAGAACGAUAUAGUAAGUACUGGAUAGGAGAAUGGAAUUACGUAACAAACGUAACAGCAGAGAAUGGAGAACAAAAAAAUGCAAUAGCCGCUGAAAAUGCCAAAUAUUAUAAAGAGAAGUCGAAAGAAAUCUUGGAAUUCGAUUUCAAUGCGUUUAAAAACGAUGACCUAAAAAGACAAUUUAAGUUGCUGUCAAGGCUUGGAUAUGCAGCACUUCCUGCAGAUAAAUUCAAUUUAUUAAAUAGUGCCUGGUAUGAUUUGGCUGGAACUGCAACGCGUAAGGACUUUGAAACAUAUUUGCAGCUGAAUAAAGAGGCGGCAAACUUGAAUAAUUUCACAUCCGGAGCAGAAAUGUGGUUGAAUGAUUAUGAAGACGAUACACUUGAAGUGCAAUUGGAAAAUAUUUUCGAAGAAAUUCGUCCGUUCUAUCUUCAAUUACAUGCCUACGUUCGCCAUUCUUUGAAACAAACAUACGGCGAAGAGAUUAGCGAAGAUGGACCAAUCCCCAUGCAUUUGCUGGGCAACAUGUGGGCUCAAUCUUGGGAAAACAUUUAUGACCAGACUACACCAUACCCUAAGAAACAGUCGGAGGGUUUGACUAAGGAGAUGCUUGCACAAAACUAUACGGCAUUGAAAAUGUUCAAAUUGGCUGAAAAGUUUUACGUGUCGUUGAAUAUGAGUGCAUUACCACA